AUGUUCAUCACUCAGCUCGCAACGCGGAGAUACCUCCACCGCCGUCACCCCACUUGCCAUGUCAGGAGCCUGGCUACACAUGUACCCCGGGUACCAAUCAGUCUUCUGGAUAUAGACACACCACUCGACUACGACCGACAGGUUUUGCAGCUCGGCUCUAUCAAGCAUGGCUCGAAGCGCCCAUUAACUCUGGCGGAAAAGGUACUCUACAGCCAUCUGUAUGUCUCGACUGAGCACCACUGGUCUUUGGACGAAAUCCGGCGUGGAGAGACGUUAUUGCAUCUCCGACCUGAUAGAGUCGCAUGUCAUGACGCAACGGCGACGAUGGCGUUGCUGCAAUUCAUCAGCGCAGGCCUUCCAAAAGUACAAAUACCCACCACAGUACACAGCGACCACCUCAUUGUAUCACGCGACGGUGCUGUAGAUGACCUUAUUCGUGGGCGAAAAGAGCACCAAGAGGUUUACGCCUUCUUGAGUAGCGCAUCAAAGAAAUAUGGUAUCGGUUGGUGGAAACCCGGAGCUGGCAUCAUCCACACUACCAUCUUUGAGAAUUAUGCUUUUCCUGGUGGACUGAUCAUCGGGACAGACUCCCACACGCCUAAUGCUGGCGGCAUGGGUAUGCUAGGCAUCGGAGUUGGAGGUUCGGAUGCAGUCGAUGCAAUGGCUGGUAUGCCUUGGGAGCUCAUGUGUCCACAGGUUGUAGGCGUACGACUUACAGGCCGUCUACAUGGAUGGGCCUCGACUAAGGAUAUCAUCUGCAAACUUGCGGGUAUCCUCUCCGUCUCUGGCGGAAAAGGCAAAGUCCUCGAGUUCUUCGGCCCAGGCACAGAGACAUUAGGCGCAACAGCCAUGGCAACAGUCUGUAACAUGUCAGCUGAGAUUGGAUCAACUUCCUGCAUCUUUCCUUACACCAAAGCUACAUACCGAUAUCUUUCAGCGACAAAGCGUGGGAGUAUCGCGCGUCUCGCAAACAGCUACAAGGACGUUCUGCUGACAGCAGAUGAGGGCUCAGAAGAUCAUUACGACGCUGUCAUUGAAAUCGAUCUAGACUCCUUGGAGCCGCAUAUAAAUGGUCCCUUCACACCAGACCUUUCGCAUCCUCUUUCAUAUUUGAAGAAUGCUGUAGCAAACAAUGACUGGCCUGUCGAAGUCAGUCAUGCUAUGGUAGGCAGCUGUACUAACAGUUCAUACGAAGAUCUAUACAAAACGUCACAGCUUGUCAUUCAAGCCAAGGCUGCUGGUUUGCCGCAUGUGAAGACGCCAUUCUUGGUCUCACCGGGUAGCGAAGAUAUACGUGCAACUGCGGAAUCGGAGGGUAUCCUACAGACAUUACGCGAUGCAGGCGCUGUUGUGCUGAGCAGUACGUGCGGCCCGUGUGUCGGGCAAUGGCAGCGUACGGACGUCGACGUCAAGGGUCGUGAGCGGAACACAGUGGUAUCAAGCUUCAAUCGCAACUUUGUCGGUCGACACGACGGAAAUCCAGAGACCUGUUCGUUCGUGACUUCUCCAGAAAUGGUCACCGCCUUUGCCUACUCUGGAAGAUUGGAUUUCAACCCUACUACCGAUUACCUUCCAAUUGAAGGGUCUGCAGAAGGGUUCCGAUUUACGGCGCCAAUAGAUGUUGAGCUACCUUCUCAAUUCGCCGUCGGCGAGGACUUUUACCAGGCUUCAGUUCAUGACGCCGACGAUGUGGUCGUGGACAUCGACCCACAAUCCGACCGCCUGAAACUGCUCGAGCCUUUUGAAUCGUGGUCUCCAGGCUGUACGAAAGGCAUGUCGAUUCUGGCCAAAGUCAAGGGUAAGUGUACGACCGAUCACAUAUCUCCAGCAGGGCCUUGGUACAAGUACCGAGGCCAUCUUGAGAAUAUUAGCCACAACAUGCUUCUCGCAGCUUCGAACGCCUUUCUCUCGUCCGACUCUCGGUUGCUCGGCCACACCAUCCAUCCACUGACCAAAGAAGCCGGUCUUAUCCAUGAAGUCGCUCGAGACCUACGUGAUCGAGGAAUAAAGUGGUGCAUCGUCGGCGAUGAGAACUAUGGAGAAGGAUCGUCGCGCGAGCACGCAGCCCUUGAGCCGCGUUUCCUCGGCGGUGUGGCUAUCAUAGCACGCUCGUUUGCCAGGAUACACGAGACGAAUCUCAAGAAGCAGGGCAUGCUUCCUUUGACAUUUGCAAACCCUCGAGACUACGAUCGUAUUCAGUUGGGCGAUCGUAUUACGCUACAAGGUGUCGAAGACGGCGAGCUACGGCCGGGAAGGCAGGCUAGCAUGCGCGUAGAAUGCGCGCAUGCAGGAGAGUGGGUCGCGCCGCUCAACCAUAGUUACAGCGAGGGGCAAUUGAGGUGGUUGAGAGCGGGAAGUGCGCUGAAUCAUAUCAAGCAGACAGUCUUGGGAAGAUGA